UGUGUCCUAACUUUUGGGCCACCCCAUAUAACAAUAACCCUGUGUCCUAACUUUUGGGCCACCCUAUACUGUAUAACAAUAGCCCUAUGUGUCCUAACUUUUGGGCCACCCUGUAUCUCACCCUACCCCCUAUUUUAGAGCGCUUCCUCCCAGCCCCAACCCACCCUGAUUCGGCUCUUUAUACCUCUUCCUCAACUUUCGAUUUCAUCACGAACUGUUUCUUAUUGGCUCAUUCGAAGUCGCGCUUUGCCAUUGGCCGGUUCAAAAUGUAAUGCGAUCGUGAUGAGCAUUGUAUUAGGUCGGUUACUCGCUCUGCCACGGUUGUUGAACAGAGAUGUAGCCACUGCCCUUAGGGGGCUUGGGACGGUAAUGGCGUUGAUAAUGAAGGGAGAGCAAAGCUUCGUGUGAGAGGCAUCAUACCACGGAAAAUGUCAAGAAAGCCGUACAUCUGGCAGCAAUCUUUGACAGAGCCGACGAUGGCCAAGACGCUGAUCCGUCGUCACAAAACUACGCUGAUGAGAUGGAUCAGCAGAGACCCGACCCAUCUGCUGGAUGAGCUGGACGGCAGAGGCCACAUCCAGCGCGAGCUCUACAAGACAGCCAAUGACAUUGCCGACCGCAUGAAGCAGGCACGGUCGCUGCUCGAUCACUUUAUUGACUGCAGCGAGGAGGGGUGCGAGAAGCUCCUGCGGACGCUCAGAGUCGUGUGCCAUCAAUACCCCUCGGAGCUACGCACGUGGUUGGACGAGAACGCCAACAGCAUGGCAACGGAGAAGUUCACGGAGCCGGGAUUUUCCAGUCGCUGCUUUUCCCAUCAAACCUCGUAUAUGAGAUGUACCGGAUGGUGCAUGCAGGAAGACACAACUGCUGCAAGGUUUGGACAAGACGUGCCUCCUUAUCCGGCAGUGGACGCGACUACGCAAACUGAUAGAGGACCUAUGGAAAUGUCUGCCAUCGACGGUGAUAUGCUGACAUCCAAAGUUGCAGAGGUGUUAACUGUAUGGAAACAAGAACUGACAAAAACCUGGGAGAAUUCUCUGUUUGCAAAAAUGAAAACAGUUGAAGACAACAUUAAAGAGACAAAUGAAACAAUCAUCAGGGAAAUUAAGGUGAUUUCAGAGCAGCUGGAGGUCUUAAAGGAAGGUGUGCCUAUAUGUCAAAAUUGUGCAAGUGUUAAUGUAAGUGGCCAAUAUUCAGCAGAGUUACUUGUACCACCCAAAGAUAGAAUUGUAUUGAGCAACCAACUGACUUCACCGCCAGAGUCGCAUAUUUUGAAGAAAACACCAACUUCGGACGUGUUCGCCGCCUUCAGCGAAAAUGGACCAGACCAAACCGCGAUGAACACCUCCGAUGAUUCAGCGCCAGUUGAGGAAGAAUCGUCAUUUCAUUACCCCCCCGUGCCAAAGAGCAAGUUGUCAAUGUGCCAUUUGGAAAAUGUGGAAACGUAUGCAGCUUUGGCCAGUGGAGCGCCAGGCGCAGGAAAGGUCUCGCCCAUUACUGAAGCUACCUCAGCAGAGGCUGCUGCUGGAGAUGUGUUUGGAGCGUUCGAAAAUCGACAGAGAACGAGGGAGCGCAAGCAAAAGAGCCCCACUAAAAAGAAGGGCACCGUAUAUUAUCACACGCGCGACCACAAACUCCGCUCUACGGAAUCUGCCUUAUGCAAGAAAAUGAAACCCAUGCAUAUCCGAAAACGGCGGAGCUCAGCGAAGAAAGUAAAACCCAUGGGUGGAGAUGCUGUGAUCAGUGAGUAUCCUUCCGUAGUCAACAGGAAGACAAUAAAAAGAAGCAUGUGCCAUGGAAGACUUUGACAACAUUACCACUGAGAACCCAAGUGUCAAACAAGAUUGCAAGAAAAUGUUCCUAAAACCAAGGGCACGUGUCAUGUACGUUUGUUGAACUCUUUCACACCAUAUGUGGCUAACCGUGCUAAUUGGAGGUGCAGUAUCAGGUCCAUUCCAUAAGCUGAGCACCGUGAUAAUCUCCGUAAUCAUCUUCUUCUCCAUCCCGUCCCUCCUCUAUAGCCCAAUUCAUAAUUUCUCAGCACCCUCUGUUAGGUCACUCAUUCCUCACUGUCACUCAUUCCUCAGCGAUUAAAAACGGAGGACUCAAGGGCGAUGUGGUGGCUAGGAGAUGUUAACUCCCUCGCCUGGUGUACAGGAGGUCGUGGCUUCGAUCUCAACCUUGACGUCUGCUGUGUAUUUGGAGUCUGCGUCUCUCUCCCCUCGUGAU